GAAGUCUAAUGGUAAAGAACUUUGGCAUAAAUUGAUCGUUUCUAUUCUUAAUAAUGAGGAAGCAGAGUACCAAGAUGAAGAUAAAGUGAACAACUAUUUGGCUGAUGGAUAUACUAAAUCUGAGGCAUUAACGCUUUUAUAUAAUCAGUUUAUUUCACGUGUCAGCAAACGAUUUAGAAAGGAAGUUGCUGAUUUAAUGCUGUAUGUCCAUAGGCUAUUGCAAGAUGAUACAUAUAAGAAAUUGAUGCGCACUGCACAAGAUCUUCAUUAUCAAGGAGGUUAUUCCAGAGAAGAAUCCAUCACUGCAGCAGUGUCUUUGAGGAAACAUUUGUUGAAUAAAUUUUUCAAAAAUGCUAGUGAAAUGAACUUUAAUGAGCC